GGGCGGGGCAGGUUUAUAGCCGCAGAGGAUCAGCUGACGCUCUGCAUUGCAGACUGCGGAGUCGGGCGUCGCGAUGUACGCUCUCUUUCUCCUGGCCAGCCUUCUGGGCGCGGCUCUAGCCAGCCCUGUCCUGGGCCUGAGGGAAUGCACCAGAGGCUCAGCAGUGUGGUGUCAGAACGUGAAGACAGCAGCUGAUUGUGGGGCCCUGAAGCACUGCCUGCAGACCGUCUGGAACAAGCCAACGGUGAAAUCCCUUCCCUGCGACAUAUGCAAAGAUGUCAUCACUGCAGCUGGCGACAUGCUGAAAGACAAUGCCACCGAGCAAGAGAUCCUCGUGUACUUGGAGAAGACCUGUGACUGGCUGCCUAAUCCGAACUUGUCUGCCUCGUGCAAAGAGAUGGUUGACUCCUACCUCCCAGUCAUCCUGGACAUGAUUAAAGGACAAAUGAGCCGUCCUGGGGAGGUGUGCUCUGCCCUCAAUCUCUGCGAGUCUCUUCAGAAGCAUCUGGCAGAACUGAAUCACCAGAAACAGCUCGAGUCCAAUAAGAUCCCAGAAAUGGAUGUGGCUGAGGUGGUGGCUCCCUUUAUGGCCAACAUCCCCCUCCUCCUCUACCCUCAGGACGGCCCCCACAGCGAGCCCCAGCAGAAGGCUGGUGGGGACGUCUGCCAGGACUGCAUCCAGAUGGUGACAGACAUCCAGAAUGCCGUAAGGACCAACUCCACCUUUGUCGAGGCCUUGGUGGACCAUGCCAAGGCGCAGUGUGACCUCCUGGGGCCCGGCAUGGCUGACAUGUGCAAGAACUAUAUCAACCAGUAUUCUGACAUUGCCGUCCAGAUGAUGAUGCAUAUGCAGGAUCAGCAACCCAAGGAGAUUUGUGGCCUGGUUGGGUUCUGCGACCAAGUGAAGGACAUGCCCAUGCAGACUCUAAUCCCUGCUAAAGUGGUCUCGGAGAACAUCAUCCCUGCGUUGGAACUGGUGGAGCCCAUUAAGAAGGACACGGUCCAGGCGAAGGCUGAUGUUUACUGUGAGGUGUGCGAGUACGUGGUGAAGGAGGUGGUCAAGCUCAUUGACAACAACAGGACUGAGGAAGAAAUACUUCACGCUUUGGAUAAAGUGUGCUCAAAGUUGCCUGCGUCCUUAUCUGAAGAGUGCCAGGAGGUGGUGGACACUUACGGCGCCUCCAUCCUGUCGAUUCUCCUGCAGGAGGCAAGCCCUGAGCUCGUGUGUGGCAUGCUCCAUCUGUGCUCCACCCAGGGGCUGCCUGUGCUGCCUGUCCGUGUGAUUCAGCCCAAGGACGGUGGCUUCUGUGAGGUAUGCAAGAAGCUGGUGAGCUAUUUGGACCACAACCUGGAGAAAAACAGCACAAAGCAGGAGAUCCUGGCUGCUCUUGAGAAAGGCUGCAGCUUCCUGCCUGAGCCAUACCAGAAGCAGUGUGAUCAGUUUGUGACUGAGUACGAGCCCGUGCUAAUAGAAGUCCUGGUGGAGGUGAUGGACCCUUCCUUCGUGUGCUUGAAAAUUGGAGCCUGCCCUGCAGCCCAUAAGCCUCUUUUGGGAACCGAGAAGUGUGUGUGGGGCCCCAGCUACUGGUGCCGGAGCAUGGAGGCAGCAACCCAGUGCAAUGCUGUGGAGCAUUGCAAACGUCACGUGUGGAACUAGAAGGGGGACGUUCCAUCUUGGAGAAACUGCAGCAUCUUUUCCUACUUGUGUGUCUGGGGCAGUGAACACUCUGAUCUGUUGACUCUGUUAUAAAAAUAGGUUCCCUUUCCCUCCCUCCCUUUCCUGUCCCCUGUAGCAUUGCUGUCCGUGCAGGAGGCGCCUGGCCUGCAGCUGCCCCCGUUGCUUCACUGUCCCUUUCCUUUGCCUAGACGGGUGAGGACGGACCGUGCCCCGGAGGACUUUCAGCCUGCCCUUGCGUGGUGGUUCCCUGGAGGAGGUGGUGGGGGGCUCUGGGGGCUGGCGUGAGCCAGAGCUGCUUGACAGAGGCCCUCCAUCCUGUUGGCUGGGGCCUUGUUCUGAGCCCUCUGCCUGCCCCUCAGCAGGGACCUCCCCUCUUCCAGGGCUGCUCUCCA